AUGUCGAGGUGGGAACAAUCAGCGGGUAUCACAGUGCCAUCCAGAGCCUUUACAAGGACCAAGAGCGUGGCCCAUGGGCUUCAAACUGGUGAAAAAGUGUACCGAGGAAAGCGUCCGAUGACGUUUGAUGUUUUCGAGUCGCUGUGCGUAAAGAGCAUGGCACUCAACGAUGGUGGCUACGCGCAUUUGUUCCUGGAUCGCUUUGGAAAGUCACUUGCUGCGUUGGUUUGCGGGGGCAACUCAAAAGCAAAGAAGGACAUUGGGACUCACUCCAUUCGGAAGGGUGCUGCUACGUUUGUGUCAUCGGGCAGCACCGGGGGUCCGUCAAUUAUCAGUGUGUGCCUUCGGUUUGGCUGGGCCCUCAGAAAUGUCAUGGAGAGGUACUUUCGGUAUGAGGCAGCUGGUGACCAGUUCACUGGUCGGUGUGUGGCUGGACUAUCAUUGAACAGCGCUGAUUUUGCUGUCCUGCCUCCACAUUUUUCGGGUGGUAACGACUUAGUGGUUGGCCAGGCUGUCCAGAUUAUGUUUCCGUCCCUUUGCUCCGAAAUCCACCUGGUUCCAAUUUUACAGCUCAUUUUGGCGAGUUUGGUGUAUCACCGAAAUUUUUUGAUUGGGUCCUUGCCUCCUCACCAUGCCUUGCUGUCCACAUCGCUGUUUACGAAUCCAGACCUGUUUGCCAAGUCGUCUAUUGCCAGUGCCUUGUCGUCCAUCCAACAGUCAAAUUGCGCCAUGUCCCCCGCACAACAAUUGCAAAUUGAUUCGCAGCCUCUGGUGUAUGAGCCAUUUCACUGGGGUGGCAAAUUCCACAAGCUACCCCAGAAUUUUGUGUUUCCUAGUGUCGAUGCUGCAACAGCAUGGAAAUUAUGGUGGCGUGGAAAUAUUCGCGAAAAAGUCUUGCCGUAUCGAAAGAUUGAUACCCAAGAUUUGGCCACCCGAGCUGCGAGAAACAUGUUUUACGAGUGGAAAUUUGUCCUGGAGAAACUAACGGACCAUUUUGUGUCAGUAUCAGGUCGUAACAUGGCCCUCAACCCCUCGGAGCAAGAGGUCUCCACGUCGUUCGACACGGCGCGAGGCCUUUUCGACCAAUUCUGCGGUGAAACAUCAGCGAAACGUGUGCGGCGUGACGGGCAGCUCAAGAUCACGACUCUUGUCCGUCUUCUCCGCCAACUCGAGCCUUCCAAGACGCCUCGGGUCUUCAAGAAGCGUAAACGCUCGGAGCAGCGAGCAGGUAGCCAGUCGACGACCAUGCUCUGA